AUGACUGCCACAAAGAGCGUCCAAACUCCCCCGCAGCCUUUGUUGGUGUUCACCAACAUCAACAAAACUAUUGCCGCUCACGCUAAGGAGCUUAUUGAACCCCAUGGUGUCUUUUUAGAUAACCUAGUCAAAGAGGUUACUCCCGAAACGGCAACAUUUCAAAAUGUGGCGGAAGCGCUGGAAUAUAACACGCCUAGAUUUGAACUCUCCUUCCUCAAAUAUGUCUCCCCCGACGCUGAGGUUCGCAACGCUGUGACACAGGCCGAACAGGCUAUUGAGGCUCACACCAACCAGUCUAUGAUGCGGGAUGAUGUUUUCAGACUAUUGGACGCAGUCUAUCAAAAGCGCGCUUCUUUGAAGCUAGAUGAGGAAGCUAUUAGCCUCUUAGAACGGCAGCAUCUGCAAUACCAGCUGCAGGGCAUCGCUCUGGCGCCGGGUGCCCAGCGUGACCAACUCCAACAGAUCCAGGAUGAGACAGGAAACCUGAUCGGAAAUUUUAUAAGAAAUACGCUACAAGAGAAUGGCGGCAUCUGGUUCAGCAAGAGUGAACUUGAUGGUGUUUCCGAAGAUGCGCUCAAAACCUUCCAAGUUGGGACAGAUGAGAAUGAAGGUAAGCUGCGAGCGAAUUUCAAGAUGCCUCACGUAACUGUAAUUCUUGGCAAUUGCCAUGAUUCAGAGACAAGAAAGCGCAUGUAUAUUGGUAAUCAGAACAAAUGCAAUUCGAACAGCGAUAUUCCUAAAAGAAUCGCUCUCCUUCGACACCAAAAGGCGCAGCUCUUGGGCUUUGAAACUCACGCAGCCGAACAGCUUUCACAAAAAAUGGCCAAGACGCCCAUGAACGUUCAUGUGUUUCUCACCAAGUUACAAGAGAGGUACACACCUAGCGCGAAACAAGAAAGUGAAAAGCUCAAGAGUCUCAAAGAGGCUGAUCUCACCGCUAGAGGUGCUCCCGACGACGGCCGUUUCUAUCUUUGGGAUAACCAGUACUACACUAGGGCACUCAAGGAAGCCGAGUAUAAUAUCGACUAUGUAGAGUUUAGUCAGUUCUUUGCACUGGACAGGACCGUUGCGCGCAUGCUUGGUAUAUAUGAGGAUCUCAUGGGAUUCCGAUUUCAACGCCUCAACACGUCGGAUCUGGAGAUGCUUUCCCCUACAGGAAAGGCAGAAGAUGUUAUAUGGCAUGACGAUAACAUGGUAUACAGCGUUUGGGACGAAAACGAAACUGGCGGUGGAUUUAUCGGAUAUCUAUACAUGGACUUACACCCUCGACCCGGAAAAUUCACAAACGCCGCGCAGAUGGGCAUCCGAACUGGAUGCACAUUCAGCGAUGGGGCACGCCAAUAUCCUGCUACGGCUCUUGUGUGCAACUUUUCUCCACCAACGCCGGAGAAGCCAUCCCUUCUCAAGCAUAUAGCGAGCUGA